AAGAUUAAAAUUCGGUCGUAAACACGACAGUUACCUGAUAAAAACGGGAAUGACUUGCUAACUUUUCAUUUCAAAAAGACAAUUCAUCGUCAUCAUAACUUGCGUUAUCCGAGAAAAGAAGGACCUUCAUCUUUGCUUUUACGAUUGAAAUUUCUUGCAUUUCGUUUGCAGAUCACCGAAAAAUAACUUAAGAAACGUUGUAAAGAGUACAAAUCGAAAAUGAUUGAUGUACCAAAAAAAGGAAAAAAAUUUAUCCUUGCACGUCAUUUUGAAGGCUCUCCAACACAUGACAACUUCAAGCUUGUAGAUUUUGACAUCCCAGAUCUCCAAGAAGGGGAAAUUUUGGUUGAAGCCCUUUUCUUGAGUGUUGAUCCUUACAUGAGGCCAUACAGUGCUAGAUAUUUACAAGAGGGUACUUCUACCAUGAUAGGCAGUCAGGUGGCAAAAGUUAUUGCAACCAAGAAUGGUGAAUAUCCCUUGGGAACAAGAUUGGUUGGAUAUUGGGGCUGGUGCACACAUAGUGUAGUGAAUCCCAAUAAUGCUGUAACUGCCAUGAUAGGCUCAUUCACACACUUUCCAGAUAUAGGGAGUCUUUCUCCUUCUUUGGGCCUUGGUGCUAUUGGAAUGCCUGGGAAUGCUGCAUAUUUUGGAUUUCUAGAAAUAUGUCAGCCAAAAGAAGGAGAUGUUGUUGUAGUUACUGGAGCAGCUGGAGCUGUUGGCAGUCUAGUAGGUCAAAUUGCCAAGAUCAAAGGUUGCCAUGUAAUUGGAUUUGCUGGAAGCGAUGAUAAAGUAAAAUGGCUGGUCGAUGAAGUGGGUUUUGACAAGGCGUACAACUAUAAAACAGCGGAUUGGGAUAAAAGCUUAAAAGAAGCUGCACCGAAUGGGGUUGACUGCUACUUUGAUAAUGUCGGAGGCCCGUUGUCAACAACAAUUCGUAAUAAUAUGAAGGAUUUUGGACGUAUUUCUGUCUGUGGAUCUAUUUCAACUUAUAACGACAAAACCCCAACCAUGACGCCUGCUUGUGAAGCUGCGUUUGUUUUCAAACAGUUGAAAAUGGAAGGAUUCCUUGUGAGUCGUUGGAAAUCGCGUUGGAUGGAGGGUUUGUCUCAAAUGACAAAGUGGAUUCAAGAGGGUAAAAUCAAAGUGAGAGAAACGUACACCGAGGGUUUCGAACAAAUGCCCCAGGCCUUCAUUGAUAUGCUUAAUGGCGUUAAUGUUGGAAAAGCAAUCAUUAAGGUUUAAAAGAAUAGCAUUUUAUCCCUAGAAUAGACUGAUCGUUCUAAGAACGUUACAGUAAAAUUAGUCAUCGUUUCAAUUUUCGAGGAAACAUUACAUUAUUCCUGUUUCGUGAUUGGCAUGUUUUUGAAGAGACAGUUUAAAAUACAUUAUUUUCUUUCGUGAAAA